AUGGCUAUUUGUCUAAGAUAUGUUGACAAAAUGGGGUUUGUGAUGGAGGCAUUUAUUGGACUUGUUCACAUUAAAGAUACUAGUGCUUUAUCUCUAAAGAAAGCAAUUGUAGAUGUACUUGCUCACCAUUCUUUGACUUUAUCUAAUGUACGUGGGCAAUGUUACGAUGGGGCAAGUAAUAUGCAAGGUGAACUGGUAUUAUUAAUUUCAAAUAUUUUGAAUGUGUUGGGAGCUUCUUUUAAACGUGUGGAUAAUUUUCGAGAAUCUAAAAAAAAACAUCUCCAAAUGGCAUUGGAUAUGGGUGAACUAGAAACGGGUAGAGGGUUGAAUCAAGAACUUGGUCUUGUUAAAGUCGGUGAUACUCGUUGGGGAUCUCACUACAAGUCAUUUGGAAACUUUAUUAGUAGCUUUGACUCUAUUGUUGAUGUACUUGGUACUCUUGUUGAAAAUGCAAGUACUUUGGAAGAAAGAGCAAGAGCAUCGGGAUUUCUCAGAAGUUGUCAAAUAAAAAAGGAGCAAGACAUUGCAAAUGCCAUGAUUCUUGUAAAGGUAGCAAAGAGAAGGUUGCAAGCUUUAAGAGAUAAUGAAUGGGAUCCUCUCUUAAAAAAAUAUAUUGGAUGGGAUUCACUUAAAGAAAUGGUAGAAGCAUUUUGUAUCAAGCAUGGCAUUUCAUUACCCAAUUUUGAUGAUCCAUAUGCUAAUUCUGGGAGAUCACGACGUAAAGUAGUUAUUUGUACUACUUUGCAUCAUUAUCGUGUGGAUGUGUUUUAUAAAAUCAUUGAUUGGCAACUACAAGAACUUAAUGAUCGUUUCAAUGAGGUGACAAGUGAUUUGCUUAAUGGAGUAUCUUGCUUGAAUCCAAUUGAUUCAUUUUCUAGUUUUGACAUAAAGAAGAUAAUGAGAAUGGCUGAAUUAUAUCCUGAUGAUUUUGAUGGGUCCAACAUGAGAGCUCUUGAGAAUCAACUUGUUAAUUACAUUAUUGAUGUUCGUGAUAUUGAUGAAAGGUUCUCCAAUUUAGGUGGACUUGGAGAACUUUCAAGAAAGUUGGUUGAGACAAAGAAGCAUUUAACAUAUUCUCUCGUAUUUCUUUUAGUGAAGUUUGCUUUGCUCCUACCUGUUGCCACUGCUACAGUUGAAAGAGCUUUUUCGGCAAUGAAGAUUAUCAAGAAUGACUUGCGAAAUCGAAUGGAUGAUGAAUUCUUAGAUGGUUGCAUAGUUCCUUAUGUAGAGAAAAAAGUAUUUAAAGAUGUUUCUAAUGAGUGUAUUAUGAAAACAUUUCAAGAGAUGAAGUGUCGUCGAGUGCAAUUGUAG